UUUUUUGCAGGAUUCAUCAGGAAUUCAAAUAUACUGACAAUAAAUGAAUCUUACCUGGCUUAUCUUCAUGAGUUCCUGGUCCCUGCCGUCGGGAAUAAUUCCCACUGGUUGCUAUGCUACCGCGCCUCUUUACAUGGCUGGGAAGGAGAGGACUUCCACACUCGUUGCGAUGGAAAGAAAUAUACCGUAACAGUUAUAAAGAAAAACCAGUAUGUUUUUGGAGGCUACACUGACGUUCCAUGGGGUAAGUAAUUUUUGCCAUUUGCAACCCUGCGAUCACGAUUCCAUCCCAAACCACUUAACCUAUCGAUGUCUCGUCCAACAAACAAACAGACUCAAAAACACGGUCUUAGCUUUCCUUUGCAGCAUUCGAAGGGAUUCUAAGAUUAUGUCAUUACUUCGUUCCUCUUCGCCGCCUUGUCAGUAGUAGUAUGCGAGCAAUUAUUUACAAACGUGCGCUUCCGUUUUCGGAAAACCAAAGGGUUCGAAUGUUAACAUGAAAACUACAGGGAGACUGUUCGCUUCGUGAGUCUAGAAUUUUAAAGCAUUUUGUGUGAAGAGUGUAAAGACACACGUUUUCAAUAAAUCAAUCCCUCCAAAUUCAUGUCAGAACUUUAACUGAAGCCUCACGAUUCAAUCUGUUGGACACGAACUCUCAUAUUUCUGCCAUGGUUUUCGUGUGAUGAUUUUAACCAGGGUUACUGACAUCAAGAUGAAGGACUUCUGAAAAUGGGUAUCAUAAUCCUAACUACGAAAUAUUGAGCAAGGAGAUCAUUUCCUUUUAAUUCUAAUGAUCUUUUAUCCGAGGAAAAGGAGGCAUUCAUGGCUAACGGAAUCAAAAUGUUUUCUUAGCCGAUUGUCCUUCGGGAGCAAGAACGAAGGACCCGUCAGGUCGCUGUUGAGUAUUUCCUUUCGAGUAUGAUCAAUGUGGGAAAUCUAUGGAGACUACUUGAUGCGCGAAUCCAGACUUUAAAAGAGUAUCGAUCAUAUCUAAGACGUUUUGUCAAUCAGUCACUACCUACCAGUUCAUGACUGCACUCAUGUUGCAGCUCCUUGAAUAAAUUUCUAGAUGUGCUACCUCAACCGUCCGCGACAUUUUUGUAACCAGUUUUUAUAACCAGUGUUAUAGAUGGAAAUCACGAAAAGGACUCACGCAUAAUGCUGCCUUCACUAGUACUUGGUGCAAGUAGAUUAUGCCCUUUCUAUCUUGAAGAUUUCGUGAAUGAUAUUUAAAACCGAUUAUCCGAAAAAAAAGCUAUGAAUGAUGCACUGAAUUAGAAUGUUUCCUUAGCCGAUUGUCCUCCAGGAGCAAGAACAAAGGACCGGUCUGGUCGCUGUUGUGUAUUCCCUUUCAAGUAUAAAGGCCGUACCUACAACAACUGUACAAAGAGUGGCUCUAUUAUUGGAAGGUGGUGCUCAUUCGAGGCUGUCUUCAAACGUGACUGGGCUUAUUGCGGUAAGAAUAAAUGUAAUUUUUCAUGAGAUAUACAUAUCAAUAUUUUCCUUUUUCCUUUUUUUUAGUCUCAAUAACUCUAUGACAAAAAAUUUGCAACAAGUAAGUCAUUAGAUGAUUUCCUUCAACUGCGGCUGUCUGUUGCCAGCUUUUAUAGAAUAAGUAAGCUAAGUAAAAACAUUUCUAUGAAAGGAUUGCAAUUUUUUCUCGUUGUCUUGACCUGUAGAUGAUGAUCCGUAUGAAGGAUAUCGUAAGACCGACAAGGCUUUCAUUUACUCGCUUGAAAACAAAGAAGGACUGGCGCCGUUCAAGAGUAUGGUGAAGCAUGGUUCCCAAGCGAUCUAUAUGGGGAUAAGCUAUGGUCCAACAUUUGGCGGUGGUCACGAUAUUCAUAUUGCUAACAACGCAGGUCAUAAUGCUCAUUCGUACACCAACUUUGGUCACUCUUUCUUGGCUCCAAGUGAAGUAAAGGAAAAGGUUACAGUGUUAACUGGAACCUACUAUUUUACUCCCGAUGAAGUAGAGGUGUUUUAUCUCCCUUAG